AUGAAUAGAAGAACAAAAGAAGAAGAAAGACUGAGAAAAAGGAGAGAAAGAUUAUUAUCUCAAAAUAAAAGUAUCUUAAAAAGAGAUUCUUCUACAGAACCACAUGUAAUAGAAAAAGAAGAUGAAAAAUUAUCAGAUGAAAGUUUUCAAGUAUAUUCGCAGAAUGUUCCUCAAUGGAUGAAUUCAUACUUAAAAGACCAGCAUGUUAAGCAACAAAACCACGCAUCCUGUAAAACUCAACACAUCCCUACCAAGAAUGCAUGUAGAAUGCAAGUCAAAAGACUUGACCCUGAAUAUCGCAGUAGAGAACGACAAAGGGAUAUGUUAAAUAAAAGGAAUCGGAGACAAGAUAUUGUUAAAAGACAAGAAGAAAAAGUCAAAGACGCUAAAGCUAAAAGUGAAAAAAGAAAAGACCCUCAAAUAUCAAAAGAAGAACAACUAAAGAACACUCAGUCCAGGAAAAGAAAGCGUGAAGAUCCUCAAAUAAGAAACAGGAGCAGUUGA